GCCGGGUGGGGGGCGGCGGCCAGCAUGCGGCCCCGUAGCGCCCUGCCCCGCCUGCUGCUGCCGCUGCUGCUGCUGCCCGCCGCCGGGCCGGCCCAGUUCCACGGGGAGAAGGGCAUCUCCAUCCCGGACCACGGCUUCUGCCAGCCCAUCUCCAUCCCGCUGUGCACGGACAUCGCCUACAACCAGACCAUCAUGCCCAACCUUUUGGGGCACACGAACCAGGAGGACGCGGGCCUGGAGGUGCACCAGUUCUACCCGCUGGUGAAGGUGCAGUGCUCGCCCGAGCUGCGCUUCUUCUUGUGCUCCAUGUACGCGCCCGUGUGCACCGUGCUGGAGCAGGCCAUCCCGCCGUGCCGCUCCAUCUGCGAGCGCGCGCGCCAGGGCUGCGAGGCGCUCAUGAACAAGUUCGGCUUCCAGUGGCCCGAGCGCCUGCGCUGCGAGCACUUCCCGCGCCACGGCGCCGAGCAGAUCUGCGUGGGUCAGAACCACUCGGAGGACGGCGCGCCCGCGCUGCUCACCACCGCGCCGCCGCCGGGCCUGCAGCCGGGGGCCGGGGGCACGCCGGGCGGCCCGGGCGGCGGCGGUGGCGGCGGCGGCUCGCCCCCGCGCUACGCCACGCUGGAGCACCCGUUCCACUGCCCGCGCGUGCUCAAGGUGCCGUCCUAUCUCAGCUACAAGUUCCUGGGCGAGCGCGAUUGCGCGGCGCCCUGCGAGCCAGCGCGCCCCGACGGCUCCAUGUUCUUCUCGCAGGAGGAGACGCGCUUUGCGCGCCUGUGGAUCCUCACCUGGUCGGUGCUGUGCUGCGCCUCCACCUUCUUCACCGUCACCACGUAUCUGGUGGACAUGCAGCGCUUCCGCUACCCCGAGCGGCCCAUCAUCUUCCUGUCGGGCUGCUACACCAUGGUGUCGGUGGCUUACAUCGCCGGCUUCGUGCUCCAGGAGCGCGUGGUGUGCAACGAGCGCUUCUCCGAGGACGGCUACCGCACGGUGGUGCAGGGCACCAAGAAGGAGGGCUGCACCAUCCUCUUCAUGAUGCUCUACUUCUUCAGCAUGGCCAGCUCCAUCUGGUGGGUCAUCCUGUCGCUCACCUGGUUCCUGGCAGCCGGCAUGAAGUGGGGCCACGAGGCCAUCGAGGCCAACUCGCAGUACUUCCACCUGGCGGCCUGGGCCGUGCCGGCCGUCAAGACCAUCACCAUCCUGGCCAUGGGCCAGAUCGACGGCGACCUGCUGAGUGGCGUGUGCUUCGUGGGCCUCAACAGCCUGGACCCGCUGCGGGGCUUCGUGCUGGCGCCGCUGUUCGUCUACCUGUUCAUCGGCACGUCCUUCCUGCUGGCCGGCUUCGUGUCGCUCUUCCGCAUCCGCACCAUCAUGAAGCACGACGGCACCAAGACGGAGAAGCUGGAGCGGCUGAUGGUGCGCAUCGGCGUCUUCUCGGUGCUCUACACGGUGCCCGCCACCAUCGUCAUCGCCUGCUACUUCUACGAGCAGGCCUUCCGCGAGCACUGGGAGCGCUCGUGGGUGAGUCAGCACUGCAAGAGCCUGGCCAUCCCCUGCCCGGCACACUACACGCCGCGCAUGUCGCCCGACUUCACCGUCUACAUGAUCAAAUACCUCAUGACGCUCAUCGUGGGCAUCACGUCGGGCUUCUGGAUCUGGUCCGGCAAGACGCUGCACUCGUGGCGUAAGUUCUACACGCGCCUCACCAACAGUCGGCACGGCGAGACCACGGUGUGAGCGAGGGGCGCCCCCUGCCCGGGAUGGGGGGCUCCAACAGACUCUUUUAUUUUUUUAAAUAAAGAACAAUCGAAACCAUUUCUUUUUUUUUUAAGGUUGCUUUCUAAAGGGAACUCUGCACACACACACACACACACACAAACACACCCCCAUCAGGUUUGUAAUUAAAACUGUAAAUAGUCUUUGUAAAUUUAAUGAUUUAUUUUCUAUUUAGAAAAGAAAAACCGGGGAAAACCUAGAGAGUCCCCAGGGCCGAAGAAGGAUGGGUAGCCGUGGGGCUCUCUGGGCUUUGGUGGCCCCCUAGUUGGAAAUUUGGGGUGACUGGGCAGGGCUACGCCCUUUGGAAGAGCUGGCUGGGAGGGCCAGGAGGGUCGUGGGGUGCCACAUCUGAAGCCAAAUCUAUGGCUGGGGCCUGUAAGCUGCCAGGGUUUGGGGCAAGAUUGAUUUUCUUGUUGUUGGUUUUCUUCCCCUUUCCCAGUUUCUUUCCCUGCCUGUCCUGCCUCCAAUAUUAGAUCUCUGAACCUCCCAACUGAGAUGAGGACUGGAAAACGCAAGAUUAAAAACCACCAUCCUCGACCUGGGAUUGGGAGAAGGGCGGGGGCGGGGGAGCUUGCGGGGAAACAGUCCCAAACUUCUGUCCAUUCCCCUACUCAACUCACUCCCCGGGCGAGGGGGCAGAAAGUCCUGGGGAAGUGUGCUUUGCACCCUUGCCCGCCAUGCCAUGCCAUCUUACCUUGAACCCUGAUCCUCGCUGCCUUCAUUUUUAGGGGGAGCACUAGCCUUUGCAUAUUUAUUCACAGAGUUGGGGUUUGGAAAUGCCCGGGGCCUCCCCCGCCCCUCCCUUCUUUCCCCUGGCGUCUGCCCCAGGUUGGGGUCCCUAACCAAAUAAUGUAGGUGGUCUUCAGGUUUGUAGUUUGCGGGCUGGUUUGUGUGUUACAUGUGGGCUCUUGCUGUUUGGGUUUAUUUUCAAAAAGCAAUAAAAAUGGA